AUGGCUCAAUGCAAAGGUCUGCUUCAUGUCUUGAUGGCUCUCUGCUUCUUCGCUCUCACCGUCGAAGGUUGUCUUUACGGCUGUUUCUACUUCGUUUAUGUGGUGUGGUCGAAGUUUGCUUCAUCAAUUUCACGCCUAUUCACCACAUCGAAUGUUAGUAACAUUUAUAUUUUAAUUGAAACGAUAAUUGAAAUGAUUGCAGAUACCUGUUACAGUCCGACUAGGAAAUCGAUCAGCUAUUGGACAGCAGGACACUGGGAUCGUACGACAAAUAACUUCUACUGGAAUCGUUACACAGCAAGUAUAAAUAAAACCAAAAUUGAGUUCCCCGCUGGAAUCGACGUUUAUCUCAGCAACAGCAAUAACAAUGAAGAUUGCUUGGAAUUGGUUCAAAAUAGUGACAAAUUUGAGGUGAACGAUGUGUCCUGUAACAACUUGAAAAUCGCAAAUUCUGCAGUAAAGCUCUGCUCCAUAUGCCAAGCUCUGUAA